AUGACUAUACAGCAAGUUCUAUUGCUUCUGCUGCUCUGGAUGUGGCUGCUGCAUCCUGGCCAUACAGAAUUGCUGUUCAGAAGGACUCCUGAUCUCAGACCCAAAAACUCUGGGGGACGUUCAUCAGGGAACGAUGGAAAAGCAAUUCACCGCCAGAAGCGAGGCUGGAUGUGGAAUCAGUUUUUCCUUUUAGAGGAAUACACGGGAUCUGAUUAUCAAUAUGUAGGCAAGCUUCAUUCUGACCAGGACAAGGGAGAUGGAUCCCUCAAAUACAUUUUGUCAGGAGAUGGAGCUGGUACUCUUUUUAUAAUUGAUGAGAAAACAGGUGACAUUCAUGCUACUCGGAGAAUUGACAGGGAAGAGAAAGCCUUUUACACCCUGCGUGCCCAAGCUAUUAAUAGAAGAACUCUGAGACCAGUGGAGCCUGAAUCUGAAUUUGUCAUCAAAAUCCAUGACAUCAAUGACAAUGAACCAACAUUUCCGGAAGAAAUUUACACUGCUAGUGUUCCUGAAAUGUCAGUAGUGGGUACUUCUGUCGUGCAAGUUACUGCUACUGAUGCCGAUGACCCUUCAUACGGAAACAGUGCCAGAGUAAUUUACAGCAUACUUCAGGGACAGCCAUAUUUCUCUGUGGAACCAGAAACAGGCAUCAUCAGGACUGCUUUGCCAAACAUGAACAGAGAGAACAGGGAGCAGUACCAAGUAGUUAUCCAGGCAAAGGACAUGGGAGGCCAGAUGGGUGGAUUAUCAGGGACCACCACCGUGAACAUCACUUUGACUGAUGUCAACGACAAUCCACCUCGAUUCCCCCAGAGUACCAUCCACCUCCGCAUUCCCGAGUCCUCCCCAGUUGGGACAGCCAUUGGCAGCGUCAAAGCCACAGAUGCAGACACUGGAAAAAAUGCAGAAGUAGAGUACCGAAUUAUAGAUGGUGAUGGGACAGAUAUGUUUGAUAUUGUAACACAGAAGGACACACAGGAAGGCAUCAUAACUGUGCGAAAGCCACUGGACUAUGAAACGAGACGACUUUAUACAUUGAAAGUAGAAGCUGAGAAUACCCAUGUGGAUCCACGUUUCUAUUAUCUUGGGCCUUUCAAAGAUACAACUAUUGUGAAAAUCUCUGUAGAAGAUGUAGAUGAACCUCCUGUCUUCAGCAGAUCUUCCUACCUUUUUGAGGUGCAUGAAGAUAUUGAGUUAGGGACAAUAAUAGGAACAGUAAUGGCACGGGAUCCUGAUUCAGCCUCAAGUCCAAUAAG